UUCUAUAAUUCUAUUCAUUACAGUUGCCUAGUCAUGAAGAAAUUUCGCGCCUACGUUCUGCAUCAAAAUGAUUCACGCAGUUAGGUAAAGUUUGGUACUUGACGAUGGGUUCUUUCAGAACAAUACUCGGCGUUUUGCUUUGGUUUUUACAAAUCGCACAAGGGAGAGGGAGUAAUAUUCUGAUAUACACUUCAUAUGGCGCAGGAAGUCAUUUUAUGUGUGCAGCUCAUAUUGGAAACGAGCUAAAGCGGCGUGGCCACAACGUCACUGUCAUAAUUAGCAAUGCCUAUGAGAAUAGGUCAAAGGAAGAACAGUACAAAGACUUGCAAUUUGAGAUCUUCAAGCACAGUGUGCCGGUUGAAGAAGUGUGGAGGAGGCAUGAACUUAUUACAAAAGGGGUCUUCAAAGGAACUUGGCGUCAAGAGAGCUGGUAUAGGUUGACUGAAGCUAUCAACGAGUAUAUUGGUGAUUGUGAGGCUUUGUUCAACGACAAGGAACUUCUGCAAAGACUUCGUCAAGCUCAGUUUGACGUUGCAUUGGUUGAUCCUUAUUUUCCGUGCACGUUGCUUGUAGCUGAGUAUGCUGCCAAAAGACAUGUGUCGAUCAUGGCUACCUCGUGGUCACACCUUGCUAGAUACAAUGGGAACCCUGCAAAUGCUGCCUACAUGCCAGAGAUGAGCCUUGGUUUCACAAAUCAGAUGACCUUGAUCCAAAGGGCUAUCAACUGUAUAAUGGUUUUAAUCAAUGAAUGGAUGAAAGGAAUGACCGAUGUCUUUUCAGCCAUCCAGGAUGCCAAUGGAAUCUGCCCGGGGCUUCGUCCCCGUGACCUCUAUCAAAGGUCGCAACUGCUCCUUGCCAAUGUUGAUUUCGCCUUCGAGUUUCCGGUUCCAGUGAUGCCGAACCUGAUACCAAUUGGUGGCAUUAGUACGAGACCAGCAGGCAAUCUAACUCAGGACCUGGAAGAAUUCGUCCAGAGUUCAGGGGAUGACGGAAUCAUCAUUUUCUCUCUCGGGACCUACGUGAUGCGCAUGGAAGAAGAGUUCGUUGUCAAAUUUGCAAAUGCCUUCGCCAGACUUCCGCAGAAGGUCCUCUGGCAGUUCCGUGGAACAGCGCCACCUCUAGUUGACAAGAUACCCAACAUAAAGACCAUGGAAUGGCUUCCUCAGAAUGACCUGCUUGGUCACAAUAAAACACGUGUCCUCAUGUACCAAGGAGGAAACAACGGUCUCUACGAAGCGCUUUAUCAUGCCGUUCCUGUCGUCGUCAUACCCUUGUUCGCUGACCAGUCCGACAUCGCAGCUAGGGUGACGACUAGAGGCAUGGGCCUCUCACUCGAUAUAGUGACCAUAACAUCGGAGAAGAUCGUCGACGCCCUCAAUGCCGUUAUCCAUGAUAAGAAAUACAAAGAAACGGUUACAAACCUGUCGGCGAUAUUCCAUGACCGACCGAUGACACCUCUUGAAACGGCAGUCCACUGGAUUGAACACGUCCUCAAGCACGGGGGCGGCUACAUGCGAUCACCGAUUCAUGACCUAACCUGGUAUCAAUAUUACCUUCUCGAUGUCGUCGCCGUCUUCCUUCUCGUCUUCAUCACUUCAAUUGUUUUUGUGAUGUAUUCAUGUAAACUUGCUUUUAAGGGAUGCAAGCGAAUGUUUAUCGGUAGCAAAGCUAAAACUGAAUAAAGACACCUUUUUGUCUGUUGGGGGCACUAGCAGUCUGCCCCCCCCCCCGACGAGUCACAACCCAUGCAAAGGACGUAUCCCUGCCCCCCCCCCCCUCCUGACGUGCUUGAAAACUUUUUUUUUGUUUGCUUGUCAUUUAUUUUGGCGGAAAAUCCUAGGUACGCUACUCGUUGGGGGCAUGAGGACAUAUGUAUUGACGUCAGGAGGGGCGAAAAGGGUGGCACAUAUUCCCCAAAGAAAAUUUGACAUGCAAAAAAAAAAAUUCAAAGGAAUCGUGUCAGAACGACAUAUUGACAUUAAAUAUUGUUAAAGUUCUUGGAAAUGCUUUCAAAAAACAUUUCUUAAGAAUAUGUCCAUAACAUUAAUGAAACAUUAACGUUAUUAUUAUAUCAAGCAUAUGUUUUGAUGGCCAGACAAGAAAAAAAUAAAAGACAUUUUUUUUUAAUGUUAUCAAAAUAAUGAUAAUAAUAAUACUCAACAUUUAUAACGCGCUUUUCCCGCAUAGCCUAAAACGCUCACAAUUUAAGUUUAUACAUCAGAAUUACAUAUUAAAUGAAGGCAAUGUCCAAUCAUGAUGUUAAAAUGACAUGAAAAAAAAACAUUAAGAAAACGAAAUAAUGAGUUUCUGACAUUUUUAUAAUGUUGCAUAAUACGUUUUUGAAAAAUGUUUUUUUAUGUUCUCUAAAACUUUUUAAAAAAUGUAUUAGAAACAUAAUAAUUUUGACGUUUUUGUGAUAUCAUUUUAACUAUUUGUGAAAAAUCCCCCGGUUUGAUCUCUAUUGCUAAUUAUGAAUCACCUUGAUAAGUUAAUGAUCUUUACACCUUGAAUAUUAUGUACUUCCAUUGAGGAUCUCAUUUCUCAAGAAUUUCUCUGACAUCUAUCUCCAGGUUCUAGUCAUAAAAAGAAAGAACUAGGUUAAUCCAUGGAUGUUUCAAAAAGCUUUUUGUAAGUUCUGCAUAAUUAUGUUUACUAAGAUGAUGAUAUAAAAAAGAUGAUGAUUUGCAGCAUUUAUGUGACGACUUAUUCAUUUUACAAUUAUUGAAAGGUACAGAUUUAUUAUUUAUCAUUAUUUUGAGGUCUUACUGGGAUAAUGAUAACUUGCAACCCUUAUAUGAUGGCAUAUUUUCUUUAACAUUUUUUACAACUACAUGUACAGGUUUAUUAUUAUUUUGAGGGCUACUGUAUAAGACAUUGUAAUAAGACACGUGCAUUUUCAAAAGUUUAAAUGAAAAAGUUUUCAAAGUAUCCAUUUCAAAGUAUCAAUGUGGGUUUAACCCUAAAAAGACUAUUUUGGAGGCUAGAAAAACUGGGGGGCCUUUUGGGCCCCCCCUAAGAUCUCGGC